AUGAAACACGAUUUCACUUUGUCUCCUCAUGGGGACGCCAUUAAAGCCCUUACCAAGUUGUAUAACGAGAACUUCCCGACAACUAACUAUGUUGGUGUACUCUGGGCCUCCGACACCGAGUCCCCCGCCCUUCUGCCCGUCGCGUCUUCUGUGCUUGCUGGCCCAUCGACGAGUGGAGGUCGCAUGAUCCUCCACGUGGAGGUACUGGACCCUGACCUCCCCAUAAGAGACUUUCCUUUGCGUUGGUUCCCACUUCCAAAUCCAAGCGUCAACGGAGCAGUAGGGGGCGCCGUGUUCUUUCGCCCCUCGACGAGUAACCCUUUGAAUCCGUCGUUUUCCAGGAUGCUGGGGCAGGAAAUGUGCUCGUUAAUCGGUGCCAAUGGGUCAGUUCUGGCGAUGUUGUUCGAUGGACGUGGCAUGGCGGUGGAUGCCGCUGAGGACGACGUCCCGGCUGUAUGUGACGCUCUUUGUAGGUCGAGAGCGGAACCGCUCGUCCAGGGUUUGAACCGGGUCAGCGUGUAUGCGUCGUUUGAUUCGAAGACAGACGCAGACGAUGUUUACCGGGCGGCCUUGAGGAAAGGAUUCGUUCAAGUGGUCCACAGCAACGACUUUGACGCGAUGUCGGCGACCUUCCCGAACCACGUAACUUGGGAUCCAAUCCAUGGUCCUUGGGGCCAUAAUGUGGUGACGAAUUGGUGGUACGUCGUAUCAGUGGGCCUAGUUCCGGGUAUAUAUCCGACUUGGAUCGAUGCUGGUCCGCAGGUGCAGGGAAUACCUCAUGCUGUUCACGAUAAGGUCCGGAGCAAGCAAGAAGCGGUGGCCCUUUAUAUGGAGCGUGCGAGCAGCGGGCAUAUACGCAGGUUGGCGCAGGCCCCUCCGGAAAGCGAUCUAGUUCGUACCAGUGGAAACAAGAACGCAGAAAGAAGAUCCGGUGCCUUCGUCCCCGCUAUCGAGUCGAUUAACGGCAGUACGACGUUCAUCCCCGUCCGUGCAGAUCUCGAUCGAGGUUCAGCGAGAGAUGAUCCGGCUUGCGUCGGUGUCGACUAUACCAGGGUAGCGAUCUCUUCAGCGUCGUCUCCGCUAAGCGCUGGUUCUGUAGUAGUCGGGAGGCCACCGCACUUGCGAACAUUCAGGGAGAUCGCCAGAGAGAAAAAGCUCAAGUCUCGGCCAGGUGAAACCGACGAGGCGGCUCCAUCCGUCCAGCAAUCGAUCAGUCCUUCGAUCUCCAGCGUCAGCAGCAUCACAGUGUCCUCGCAAAUGUCGUCCAUGGGCUCGGAGGGAGACGGGGGUUUCCAUCGCACUAAUGUGGAUAGCGCCGAUUGA